AACUCACUCAGUAACCUACAAACAAUACCCAUUACCACCCAUCGACUCAAACUCAACCAUCCACAAAGAAUCAACUUCAAUCAAACCGAAUUACCCCAAAGAACAAAAUAAGAUGUGUACCUACAUCUACACCAUACACACGGCCUGCAUGCACAAGCAGUACCAAAACAUGAUGGAGUGCGUCCGCACCCGCACCGGCGACAGCACCACGCGAUUCGGCACCUACAGGACCCUCCACGGCGAGCUCACUCUCAACAUGCCUGUUCAUUUGCCCGAGAAGGAGCCCUUUGACAUUCCGCUCCGGGAGUGUCGCGCUCGGCCCCGGUUUGCCACGCGCCCCGUGUCUGGGCUGUGUGGUGCUUGUAAGAGGGCGGAGAGGGAGAAGCGGGCUGCUGAGGCUUUGGAAGCUGAGCGAAUGGCGGGGGUUGCCGAUAUGCCGGCGGGUGUGAGAACCAGCAUCAUGGGGUUGGAGACGCUGGUUGCUGCCACCAAGAGGAUGGAUCUGGAGGAUUGAGAGCUACCCAAUACAGCUCGAAAUCUCUUCAGCUAAUCCUCUUGGGGGCAGCAACUGGCCAUGGAGUUUGGAGGAGUGGUUUAUAAAGGCGU